UUAGCUUAAAGAAAUAUGAGUAGAUAAAUACCCACCCUUAUUGUGAUAGCGAUAAUCGAAAGAGAGAGAGAUGCAUCUAUGGCCAACUAUGAGAUUAAGGGAUUCUUUCAAAUUGGGUUACUUGAAGAAUCUUGAAUGGAAUCUCCAUAGAAUGAACAGUCAGAAGCAACGUGACAACGAUCAGAAGCUUUUGGAUGAGCCAACCACCAGUUCUAAUAACGGUACUAGAGAAAAAUUUGAGCUGUUUUGUAGAGAAUUCCUCAUGAUCCUUUCUUGCUGCUACUGUUGUUUCUGCUGUGGAGCUUGUGUUGCUGAUGAAGAUGACUAAAAGGCAGAAAGAAAUUGGACGAAUCUAUUGGAUUUAGAAAAUGUAAAGAAAAUAUUUUGAGACUUGUUGAAAAUAGUUUGUUGUAAUUUAAGCUUCACAGCUGUUGUGCUAAUUCAGUUAUUCUUCAUCUGUCUAAAAUUAUAUUAACCGUAGAUUAGGAAAUGAUUUAGGUUUCAUUUAAUGGUAAAUCUCAACGACUGCAAGUUUUCUAU